GGGGGACAUGAAGCAGAUCACGAUGCUGAAAGGACAGUGCGAAAACUAAAAUGGGACUACUAUUUGAUGUGCACGGCGUUCGGAUGCAUAUUCGGUGGGACCGCUUGCGCAACGGCCGUCUUGAAUAGUGUCGCGGGUGAUCGAACGGGUAAUAUGUGCAAUGGGGUGCUCUAUGUUUAAGGCCGUUAUUUGGGUUGAUGUUACUUGCUCUUAGUAAAAGUAAGAUGUAAAAAGAUGAUAGUCCAUCAUAUGGCGUUCGCGAUCGCGACUCUCUUGAAGUAGUAGAUAAAAACUGUUGUAAAGUCUACCUUUACAGCUGCUCCUCGAAGGGUGGUAAGUCAGAUAUUUGAGUACUCAGAAGCAUGCGGAGCCACGAUUCAUUCGAGUGUCUUCCAGUAAACGUUUCUCUAACUCUACUCCGGUAUGCUAUCAAGUUUGUUUUGUGCGGUGCCGAUCUGUGAUCGUCUGGGGGCUACACGGUCCAUCGUGCUCGGCGGCGUCUUGCAGGCAGUCUAUGUCUUUCU